UAAAAGAGCAUUAUUGUAAAGGGCAAAGACAAGUGAUUGAGUUUCCAAUAUUAUUGCCAAGGAUCUAGCCUAGCUAGCAACAACCUCGACAACAGAGAUGAGUGCUUACAGAACUGAAGAUGAAUAUGAUUACUUGUUCAAGCUUGUUAUCAUAGGAGAUUCUGGUGUGGGCAAAUCCAAUCUUCUUUCCAGGUUCACAAGAAAUGAGUUCAAUCUUGAGUCCAAGUCUACUAUUGGUGUUGAGUUUGCUACCAAGACUCUUGAUUUUGAUUCCAAGGUUAUUAAAGCUCAAAUCUGGGACACUGCUGGCCAAGAAAGAUACCGUGCCAUUACUAGUGCUUACUACCGAGGAGCUGUUGGUGCUUUACUUGUCUAUGAUGUCACUCGCCGUAAUUCGUUUGAGAAUGUUGAGCGGUGGUUGAAAGAGUUGAGGGAUCACACGGACCAGAACAUUGUAGUCAUGCUUGUUGGUAACAAAUCAGAUCUUCGUCACCUUGUUGCUGUUUCAACUGAGGAUGCAAAAGAUCUAGCUGAGAGAGAGUCCUUGUACUUCAUGGAGACUUCUGCCCUGGAGGCAACUAAUGUCGAAAAAGCAUUCAAGGAAGUCCUGACUCAGAUAUAUCGUGUGGUAAGCAAAAAGGCGGUUGAAACUGGAGAUGAUGGAGCUGCUGCUACCCUCCCAUCAGGACAGACGAUCAAUGUCAAAGACGAUUCAUCUGUUCUCAAGAGAUUUGGCUGCUGCUCAAGCUAAGGUUUUUGGGCUGGAAACAUAUUGUAUUGUGGAAAGACAUAUGUUAUGACAACACUGUUCAGGAGCCAGACACAUGAUAUGUUUGUAUGAAUACAUCAAAUACAAGUAUAUACUUCUUUAGAUGAUUUGCUGUUAUUGCAUCAAGAAUAUUGAGAUCGCA